UUCACUGCUGAGGUCCCGUAUUCCCGAUUUCACGCUUGGUGGGUUAGAUUGUUGUGUCAAUUCCUCGGAAGUUUUUAUUCUCGGUGCAUGGUGGACGGAAAAUAUUUUCAUAAGUAUCGAUGAGAAUUAUCACGGACAAUGAACUCCAUUUUGGGUGCAACUUUACGGUGUGUAUUUGUGUGGCAGGUGUUAGACGAAGGUCUUGAAUGGCUUUAAAGAGCUACACGGUACUGCACCUGCUGUUAUGCUGAGAUUCUUUAAUUCUAGCUGUGGCUGUAGAUGAUCUAAGGAACCACUCAGCUCGGAUGGAAAAGGAAAUCUAAAUGACACGCAGUGUUUCAGUAUAGCAUUUAGAGCUACGGCCAUAGGCUCGUCAAAGAUGGCCACAAAUCAAGUGGAUUAUCAGUGGGCUUAUUCCAUCAUGGAUUCUUCCAGAGUUUCAACAUUUUUGAUAUCAAUUUUGUUGAUUGUGUACGGCAGUUUUCGAUCACUAAACAUGGAACAAGAAGCCAGAGAAAGAGAGAAAGAGAAAGAACGAACUAAUUUGCUGUCAGGAAUAGUUAGCACGGGACCUUCCGAUUGUGCUAAUGGCGGAGGCGUUCAAACUCUAGAAACUAUGCACGCUCUAUGUUUGCCUCUCGGAGCUUCAGUCUCCCUUCUGAUCAUGUUCUUUUUCUUCGACAGCAUGCAAAUGCUCUUUGCAAUAUGCACUGCAAUUAUAGCUACGGUAGCGCUGGCUUUCUUGCUGUUACCAAUGUGUCAAUAUAUCAUCCGACCUUGUUCUGAUGGGAACAAAAUAUCGUUUGGUAUGUGUGGGAGAUUCACAGGUGCGGAGCUACUGUCAUUUUCCCUGAGCGUGAGCAUCGUGUGCAUCUGGGUACUCACUGGUCAUUGGUUGUUGAUGGAUGCCAUGGGAAUGGGUCUGUGCGUUGCAUUCAUAGCAUUUGUCCGAUUGCCAAGUCUCAAAGUUUCCACUUUACUUUUAACGGGACUCCUCAUAUAUGAUGUUUUUUGGGUCUUCUUCUCGUCCUAUAUAUUCAGCACAAACGUCAUGGUUAAGGUCGCAACACGCCCUGCAGAUAAUCCAGUCGGUUUGGUGGCACGUAGAUUGCAUUUAGGAGGUGUAGCCAGAGAAGCUCCUAAACUCUCUCUACCUGGCAAGCUAGUAUUCCCAUCUAUGCAUCAAGCAGGGCAUUUUUCAAUGCUGGGUCUUGGAGACGUGGUUAUGCCAGGUUUACUGCUCUGUUUCGUCCUACGUUAUGAUGCAUAUAAAAAAAGCCAGUUAUUGCCGGGUGGUUGUGAAACAGGUGUUCCUCCGCCACGCCAUUUAAGUCGCAUUAGUUACUUCCAUUGUUCGUUGAUUGGCUACUUUCUUGGACUACUCACUGCAACCGUCAGUUCCGAAGUCUUCAAAGCAGCCCAACCAGCACUCCUCUACCUCGUACCUUUCACACUACUGCCACUACUUACCAUGGCUUAUCUGAAGGGGGAUUUACGUCGCAUGUGGAGUGAACCGUUUAUAACUCAUCCACCUUCGAAACAUAUGGAAGUUUGACAGCUGUCACGAUCCAUGCCAAAUCACAAUUUCCACCACAUAAACAUGUAUCGUGAGAAUUUCGCUGUCAUUCAAGAUCAUUAUCUUUUUUUCAUCAACAUCAUUUUGUGUAAGUAAUUUUUUUCCCCAUUUACUAUUUUUUUCAUGCGCAGUGGAGUAGCGCAUAAGUGCAGUGUUGAAAUUGAAAAAGAAGAAAGAAUUGUUUGUGUUAUUACUUUUGACCCAAAAAAAAUAAUGAAACAAUAAUUGACGUCAGAGAAUCUAUGCAAAUGGACUGCUUGUUAAUAAUCAAUCGUUGUAUUAUGGGUAGAUUGUAUAGUUCAAUUUAAUUUUUUUUGACAUUACUAGCUGGGGAAAAUGGUACUGGAUUACAGGAGAACUAAUAAUUAGCAGUUUAUUGCAAUUUCUAGUUUUCGCAUUUUAUACGUGAUAUAGGUAAUUUAUUAUUAUGUAUCUCAAUUACUUAAUUUGGCUUUGAAGAGAUUAAGAGUUAUAUGACAUGUAGAGGUAAUUAUUUCCGAGAAUACCUAUUCUAAAUUUAAUAACAAUAGAAAAUGUUUCCUUCAAUUCCUCAAAAACCCAAAGAAUAUACACGUUGGUGCACUGUACGACACAGCUGCAUGUAUCAAAAUUAUACGUAUAUUACUUCAAGUCCCUUUUUCAAAAGUAAAUCUAAAAAAAUAUGGUUUGUGGCAUAAGGUAUAAUUAUACGGUUUAAUAGAAUAACAACUGUGCAAAGUUUAUAUUAGAAUAGAUUUUGGUCAUUCUACUGUUUGCUUUGUUAAUAUAGUAUUUCUUAAAUCCUACAAAAUAUUUUCAAAAGUCAUUUCUGUCAUUUAACGCAAUAAUGUCACGAGCAUUUAAAACAUUCAAUGAAUUUGUAUGAUCGAUUCUGAAAUAUAAUGUGAUGGUAGGCUUGUAUAGCAUGCUGUAGCUAAAACUCAUUAACGUAAUAGGGCAAAACAAAAAUUUGCUAAUGUGAAGAAUUUUAAUUCACAUUCAUUUUUGUGAAAAUCAUUUUCUGAGUUGUAAUCUAAAGUUAUGCGUGAUUUAUGAUAAGUAUUAUCAUUCAUUAAGCGCAUUUCAUUUGUUAUAUUGUUGAAUAUUUACGUUAGAUUAUUGCACUCUCCAGCAAUUUAGAGAUUAUAUCGGAUAGAUCAUUUGGUAAAUUUGUUACUGUUGGUGGCAUCCCAGAAUUUCUAAGACUGCCGGUGCAGAUUUAGUCAAAUUAGGUAUUUAUCGAGAAGCUGAGUCAGCGAACAGAUUAAUUUUUUUAUUUUUAUACUAUUAAUUACUCCCUGUCAUCCAGUACCUUUUGGUCUAUCAUACUAUUAUUUGAAUGUAAACACUAAAGGUACAUAAUUCAUACAGAAAAAAUAUGUUUUAAUUUAUUAUGGAACGAUUAUAAUUUGAAAGUGUACGUAACAUAUUAUUAGAGUUAUGACUAUAAGUGAUCAUUUGACGAUUUCGCAAGUGCAUCCAGUGAAGAAGUGUGCAGGUUGUGACUUUAUUUUAAAACCGCUUUAGUUUCAUACAAAACAACUUUUCUGUACAUACAUACAUAUAUACAUGCAUACAUACAUACGUACGUACGUACAUAAGUACAUACAUAGGUAAAUACACGCACACACACAUAUAUGAUAAUUUUUAAUGUUUUAAGAUUAUCUAGAAUUAUCCGACAUCGCAAAAAGUUGAAGUUAUUUAAGUAAAAUUGUUGCACAAAGUUACGGACAAGGAAAGAAAUCUCUUGCAUUGGAAAUAUUAAAUAUUUCCCUACAUAAAAGUCUACAAAAAAAAUAUUGAAUUUCAUCAUUUUCAGGAGCAAUAAAAGUAGGUAACGAAACAUAAUUGCUUGUGUGACAACGGUAGUACGCGAUUUUGGUGAAUAUAAUAUUGUUUCUUGAUAUUGAAGAAAAUUGAGGCACACUCCUUAUAGCUCGUCGAGUUAUUCAGUCAAGUUAGAAAAUUUAUUAUAACGUGUUAUCAAUGGGUAAUCUAUGGUUCUUUCUAUCUAUGAAUCCCCUGAAUGCAUUUCAGCAGUUAUGCACAUACUAGUCUUACCCCAAUUCAUACGUUAAUUAUCAGAAAUUACAGCGUGCAAACCUAGAAUAACAAUCAAUUAUUCUGUAACUUACAUCUGCAACUUUAUUUAUUUGCUAACUUAAUAUUAGCACAGAAAAAUAGAUGCUAUAUAAAGUAAAAUGAUGUGUUGAUAUUAAUGUUUUGAGAAGAAAUCGAUUUGAAUUUAUUUAAAAGUAAAAUGAAUGAUCACACACAAUGAUAUUCAAAUUACUUUUGGAAUAAAAUAAAUAUAUAUACAUAUACAUGAAUUCAUACAUGUAUUGAAAAUAUUCAACUUUCUCCUUGCCAGAUAUUUCGAACAAACAUCGUACCCUUGCAAGAGACUGCUACGUUUCACUUAUUGACUUAAUUUUAAAAUGAGGAAUAUGUGGAAAAUAAUGAAUUAAGGUCAAACAUUAAAAUAACACUUGUAUAUGAAGAAUUGCAUCUUUGUCAAUAAUACCUAAAUCAAUAGGUUCGUUAUUACAUGAGAAACAUUGAUAAAAAACUUUAAGCUCCUGUGUGCCGACCAAGCCAAGCAAAUGACGGUUCAUUGAUCAUCAGAAAAAUAGUAUUUUGACAUCAAAUUACGUGUUGAUAUUGAAAAAAUAGAGUUUAAGUAUACAUAAUAUAUAAUAUGUACAAUCAAAUUUUCUUAAGUCUAUUACAACUCAAAGACGACUCGUAUGUCUUUAAAAAAAUUAAACACUGUUGUUGAUCUAUAAUCUAUAACCAAAUGCAUCAAAAAUGUGGUUUAGAAUUAGAAUCUCAAGAUUCUAAAUUAUCAUACAAAUGCAAUGCUUGAUUAAUUUAUUGAGAUUUCAAAGUUUUAAAAGAUAGCAUAUCGUUCAUUGCAUGGACUUCACCCUUACUGUCAGCAGUUACUUGAUAUUAUGUAAUUUCAAUAUAAAAUUGAAAGUUGACCAGAAUGGUUGACUCUAAAUGCCAAACAUAAUGUUCCAUAAAUUAAACUUUGUGUUCCAAUAGUUUUAUAAAUUUAUUUUGGACCUCACUAAAUUAUAAUUGCUUCCAAUUGUAUGACAGAAAUCUCAGAUCUUUAACCCUCGAACGGUACACUUUCACAGCCGAUCACUAACCGUACCCUUGAGUGUUUGCCACCCGACCGACUUCAAGAUACGAUGAUUUCAGCUGCAAUCAAGAUUUCUUCAUGAAUCCAAUGCAUAAUUGUCUGUUAAACGAUUAAAAAUGCAAGGGAGUAGGAUAAAGUCGAAUAUCGCAACAAUUGGUUAUAAAUACAUAUGAGUCAUUGAAGUCUGGUGACUGAAAGCAUUACACAAUGGAAAAAAGAGCUGGGUAUGCCACACCAAGUGUAACGUUCCUGGGUUAAUUUUGAGCAAUUUUCUUGCAGGGGGCGACAAAACUACCAUAGAGAUUAUUCAUGACCAUAAGACUAAACCUUAGUUUAUAAAAUACGUGAGAAAUAAUACAUGUUCAAAUAACCCAGAUACAUACUAAUAAUACAUUUUCACGGUAGAUCGAAACAAAUUCGUAUGUAC